UUGCACUCGAGCUGAUCAGUGGCGAAAAGGAUAAAAGUAAAACACCUAAAAAUAUUACUGACAAUUUACAGAAAACCUAAGUGGUGACGUUGGAACACAAGUGACUACCAGUUCAAGGUGUCACAAUACAAACAUUUAAUAAUAUCCUGAAGUUCUUGUGUUUACAGAAUAAAAUUAGAAGCCAAAGAUUGUCACUCUCAGGUUAUCCACAUUGACGUGUUGUGUCAAGACGUGGGGAUAACUGUACUUCAAGAUAUGAGGUUAUUGCUGUACUGUUCAUCCAUCUGUCAAUCAUAAAAAAAAUUGAAAAUUUUGUAAGAGUUAAAGUUUUCUCUAUUCUAAAUGGAUACAAAGAAGAAAAGAACUGUGAAGAUUGUAAAAGGCGGAGAAAGACACAUUUUUGCUGAUGUGGACACAGACAUUAACAACAAACAAGAGCAAACUGGCCAGAAACUGGAGAAAACACAAAAAGGUCCAAAAGGUCAACCUGUUAUACUGGAAAAUACUCAGAUGAAAUGCAUCCCUAUUGGUCCAAAAUUGAAACAAGAAUUAAAGGCCAUUGCCACCCAACAGAAAAAUAUUGCUUGUGAGAGGAAAGACAAGAGGAAGACUGUCAACACACAGCCAGCUUCUUUACCAGAGAGUGCUGAAGACAUGUAUGGAGCUCCGGAAAUCCAUUCUACUUUGCGUGUGGGCGAACGUUUGCUCAAUGCCAGGGAUCAAAAACCAAAUUUAUCAAGGCUUAUAAAAAGCAAGUUAGACUCUCCCACUACUGCUUCCAGAUUCAAGAAACAGACUGCAAAACAAGUUAACAUAGAAGAAUCAAGAGUGAUAUUCCAGGAACUUGUAUCUGUUGAUGUUAGUGAAGAAGCAGUAGCAACUCAGCUGAAAGAUUCACUCACUUUAAGGGCAGCAGUAGUUCAGCCAGCAUCCAGACCCCGGGAUCCUGAACCGCAGCCAUCAGAUAUCUUUGACCCUGAGGAAUAUGUGACCACGGCAUCUGUGACCAACAUAAAGGCUUACCGUCCAUUUAGCAGUGUCAGACCACAAACUGUAAAGAGGGAAGAGUUCUGCCAGUUGUAUAAUCAUCUAUUGGAAUUUUAGAUAGAUAGUUUUGGUCCUUUAAUCUCCAUGUACAUGGAGCAGUAUUUGGUACAGUAUGAUAAUUCAGUUAAACUUACUUCAUCCAGCAGUCAUACAUACAUACUCACAAACUAUUCUUCCCCCAAAAGUGGACGGUAACGAAGUAAAUUAACUGUACUUUAUUAGUGAGCUCAAAUGACUAUUCUAAAUAAAUUACUUAAAAGUAACUUUUCUUGUCAGUACUUUUGCCUGAGUAAAACUUCAGACAGUCUUCAGUGCUGUAGCUACAAUAUUCUUACUUAUUUUUUCUGUCAUCUUGUUAUUUUAUCACCGGUCUGCAUGAUUUUUCAUGUUGUCUAACUAAUAUGUGUUCCCUAACCUGUUUUUAAUGCAGAGGCGCCACUAGGGGACCUCACAGGAGCAGCGGUGCCCCCUAGGGAGCCCUCACAAUGGCAGCGGCGUCCCUAAGGGGCCCUCACAAUGGCAGCAGCGCCCCUAAGGGGCCCUCACAAUGGCAGCAGCGCCUCCAGGGGCUCUUCCAAGGAACCUCUCAGGGGCGGUGGUAACCCCAUGGGCAGUCCCAAGGGCGACAGUGCCACCAGGAGACCUCCCAGGGGCAGUGGUGCCUCCUGGGACCUUCCCAGGGGCUCUCCCAAGGGUGGCAGCAUCCCCAGAGACCCUUCAAGGGGCGGGGGUGCCACCAAGGGCCCCCCCUGGGGUGGUGGUUAUGCCAGGGGUUUCCCAGGGAACCCUCCCAAAUGCAACGACGCCCCCAUGGACUGCCAAGAUGUAGAGGCACCACUUGGGGACCUCACAGGAGCAGCGGCGUCUCUACGGGGCCCUCCCAAUGAUGGCGGCGCCUCCAGGGGCUCUCCUUUGGGGCGGCGGAGCCCCCAGGGGCAGAUGGAAUGGAGACCCUACCUUCAAAACUCAUGUCCAUUGGGUUCAUUUGUGAGAAUGCUGGAGAGAAGAAGGGGUGUAUAUCUAAAUGGGCAUGGCAGGGAUCAUCAUCAUGUUAGACAGGUCAACCAUGAAAAUGUACGAACAAGGCCAGGAAGAGAAGACUAUGGAGUCAAGGCAGAUAACCAUGUGUAAGGAGGUGUUGGUGGGGCAUCAGCGGGCGGAUGGACGAAAGAGGUUGACAGAAAGCAUGAUAAAAGCACGAGAUGGUAUGAAACUAACAUUCAAGGUUGGGCAUGGAAUGACUGGUGUGGGUAUUGUAGGAAGGAUGACCGUAACCCAUAUAAUUGUCCAUUGAAGCCCCAAAGAGGGUCAUGUUGGGAGUGCGUGAGGAUGGGCUGUAGGAAGUAUAAAUCAACUUGUCCAGGACGUCAAGCUAGACAACCCCCCAGAACAAAUGACAACAACCACCUACCCCAAAUGGUUGUCCAUGUAUUAAAUUACCUAUAUGUGGGCAUACUGUACUUGUGUAGCAUUGAUUGAUACAGGUAGUGAGGUCAUUUUAAUUAAAUAUAGUUUGGUGAAACCUUUGAAUGUGGUACCCAUUAAUUCUUGUACCCAGAGAUAUUUAGCUAUUACUGGGGAUGAAUUCAAAGCACAAGGCACAGUUCUUAUCCCAGUACAGAUAUCCCCUAUGAAAGGAAUCAGUCACCAAGCCAAUAGUGGUUGAAGACCGCCUGUUGGAUACUGAUGUACCUAUUAGGGGCAGAUAUUUUAGGAUUGGAGUUUGAUGGCAUCAAGAAAAGAAUCAGUUUAUUUGGGUAGUUCAUUCACAGGUGUAUUGGAAACCAAAUAAUGGAGAACACUUGCGGAAGGCAGUCAGGGUCAAAAGAUUACAGUUCGAUUCAGUUUUACCCUUUUCCAGGGAGUUGACAAGUCUACACAUUGAUAGGAAGACUAUACGUAAGUGGUCACAGUUCUCAAAUUAGGACAAAUAAGGUAAAGGCAGAGCUAGGUCAGACUUUGAGUGUCAGGUUUAUGCACAGGGGGUUGAAGCAAUAACUUGAUAUGUGUGUGGUUAUCCAAGAUGAUUCCUGUGUUUAUGUUCCUAUGAGUAAUGUUUCAAAGCAGCCAAUUUGUUUGAGUCCUGGUGCUGUUGUGGGUGAAUAUAAGGUGGUUAAUGAUGAUGAGUUUUGUUAUUUUGAUGAUAAAGGGAAUAAUCAAGGAACUAUCUCACACAUUUAUGAAGAGUUAGGUAAGGUAAACCCAUCUGUAGAAAUACCAGUGUUCACCACAUCACCUGGCUCUACAGAGAUAGAAAGUGAAAAGAGAUCUAACAAAUUCCCAUUAAUUUUGACUCGUGAAGAUAAGAGAUCCCCAGUUCAUUGUGUAAAUUGUAGUGGAAUUGAGAAUUCCCCAGUCCAGAAAAUCAGACAAAUUGAAGAUGUAUUAAAUUCUAUGGUACCAGACUGUGAUGUAGUGAAACGUGGAGAGGCUAGACAGAAGUUGAGGACCCAGCAUUGGACACACUUGGAUAGGAACAUGCAAAAAGUUAAAACAGGUGGUAAUAGAUCAUGAUGCAUUGUUUGUCUUAGGUCCAAAGGAAAUAGUAAAUACCAAGAAAAUUUUCCUGGUACCUGUAAUAUUCCAGGGAUGGGGGAUGUUUAUUCCGGGUUCAAGAGAUAAUGUAAUGUGCAAUUUCUGUAACUUCUGAGAAUAUUUUUCUGUUACCCGGAAAAUUCUGAGGCCGAAGAAUUUUUUUCCGACUUUGAGAGAGUCGUCUCAUUAGCCCAGAAAUCUCUCAUUCCCGGAAGUGCUCUGCACCAAUUGUUCCAGCUAACAGUGAUAUCACCGAGUACCUGUACAGAUCUUAAAAUGUUAACUAUUAAUUCCUUCUCUGAUAUAGAAGAGCAUAAAACAUUGUGCACUGUAACUGUGUCUGCAGACGAAGGCUUGAGGUACCCUAAAUCUCACAUCAUUCUAACAAAUUGCAUCAAGCGUGUUGACAAAGGGGAAAAACACAAGUAAGGCAUCCAGCAAUGUCAUUCACAAAGUUCAUGAAGCUGCAUCUCUACUUUAUGCAAGAUGCUACAUGGGGGUGAUUUGGUCACUGAUGCAAAGUUUUGAACAACUGCCCUUUUGUAGACUUAAUGGUGGCAUUUUUCUAAUGUUUUCAGAUGAUAGAUAUUCAAUAUUGCUACUGAACUAAACAGAAAGUGGGAUGAUCAAUAUUCACCAAGUACAGUACAGUACAUUAUUAUGAUUGGUGACAUAUUGACAUAAAUUAUUGUUUGUUUAUUAGUACAUUAGUUUAUUAGUAAUUUUAAAGUUGCCCGCAUUUUCACGACUGGGACAGGGAGCCAUUCAUUCUGGAGACAGUAAUUUACUUUACCUGUAUUGUAAAUUUGUGUGUAUAUUAAAAAGAUUGUAAGUUCGAAUUCUCAAAAGAU